GGCAGUUUCGGGGGCGGGAUCAGAAAGCGUAUCCGAGGGGCGAGAGGCUCGGGCGGAAGUUGUCCCCGCGGUGGCGGCGGAGAAUAAGGCCUUCGUACGGCAACGGGGACGCUCCGGUAGGCUGGAGCUACGGGCACGGAGCCGUCUUGAGACCGCUCUUUGAUGGCCAUGGCAUAAGGAACAUUAUCCUGGGAACGAAGCUUUGCUCUUGGCACUAAACAAGAUUGGUGAUGAAAUGGAGCCUGGAACGAACUCUUUUCAAGUAGAGUUUCCAGAUUUUUCCAGCACCAUUCUGCAGAAACUAAACCAGCAGCGCCAGCAAGGACAGUUAUGUGACGUCUCCAUUGUUGUCCAAGGCCACAUUUUCCAGGCACACAAAGCCGUUCUUGCUGCCAGUUCACCCUACUUUUGUGACCAAGUACUCCUGAAAAACAGUAGGAGAAUUGUUUUGCCUGAUGUGAUGAACCCAAGAGUGUUUGAGAACAUUCUUUUAUUUAGCUACACAGGACGCCUUGUCAUGCCUGCUCCAGAAAUUGUUAGUUACUUAACAGCAGCCAGCUUCCUCCAGAUGUGGCAUGUGGUGGACAAGUGUACCGAGGUUCUGGAGGGAAACCCCACUGUCCUGUGUCAGAAGCUAAACCAUGGCAGUGACCACCAGUCUCCCAGUAGCAGUAACUACAACGGCCUGGUGGAGAGCUUUGAGCUGGGCUCUGGGGGCCACACAGAUUUCCCCAAAGCCCAGGAACUGAGGGAUGGCGAGAAUGAAGAGGAGAGCACCAAAGAUGAGCUGUCAUCUCAGGUCACCGAGCACGAGUAUUUGCCCAGUAACUCAUCCACGGAGCAUGACCGGCUGAGCACUGAGAUGGCCAGCCAGGACGGGGAGGAGGGGACCAAUGACAGCGCCGAGUUCCACUACACCCGGCCUCUGUAUAGCAAGCCCAGCAUCAUGGCUCAUAGGCGCUGGAUCCAUGUGAAGCCUGAGCGCCUGGAACAGGCGUGGGAUGGCAUGGAUGUGCACGCUGCCUACGAUGAACACCAGGUCACCGAGUCUGUCAAUACCAUGCAGACGGAUCAUGGGGCCCAGCCUUCGGGAGCGGAGGAGGAGUUCCAAAUUGUGGAGAAGAAAGUGGAAGUAGAGUUUGACGAGCAAGCAGAGGGCAGCAGCUAUGACGAGCAGGUGGACUUCUAUGGCUCCUCCAUGGAAGAGUUCUCUGGAGAAAAGUUGGGUGGGAAUCUCAUUGGACACAAACAGGAGGCUGCCCUUGCCUCAGGCUACAGUGAGAGUAUUGAAAUGGCGAUGGGAAUAAAGGAAGAGGCGUCUCACUUAGGAUUCUCAGCCACCGACAAGCUGUAUCCCUGUCAGUGUGGGAAGAGUUUCACGCACAAAAGUCAGCGAGACCGACACAUGAGCAUGCACCUUGGGCUUCGCCCAUACGGCUGUAGUGUCUGCGGUAAGAAAUUCAAAAUGAAGCACCAUCUUGUGGGCCACAUGAAAAUUCAUACAGGCAUAAAGCCUUAUGAGUGUAAUAUCUGUGCAAAGAGAUUUAUGUGGAGGGACAGUUUCCACAGGCAUGUGACUUCUUGUACCAAGUCCUAUGAAGCUGCAAAGGCUGAGCAGAAUACAACUGAGGCUAACUAAAAAUAGGGUCUGGCCCUUGAGUGGCAUGCACAAAAAUAAACUAUGGUAAUUAAUGCAAAUCUGGGCACAGAUGAUGCGUGCCACUUGCUAUUAUGAGAGAGGCUUAAAAAAAAAAGGAAGAUAUUUCUGAAAGACCAGCUCUAAGUAGGCCAAUUAAAAGAUUUAAUUUCUCAAAUCUGUAUGUUCUCAUCCUGGCCUAGAAUGGAUGAUGGGGAUAAGUUCACCCAGUGCCCAGCUGGCAAGACAGCGCUUCCAGCCAGCAGUGGUUAAGGCAGGCACUGGGUGAUAGAAUCUAACCCACCAGUCCUGCCCAGGUGUCAGUGGCUGACUGUCACCAUUGUCCCGAGGUCUUGUUGCAUUUUGUUCUCUCCUGGUAGCUGCAGGGCUUCUGGGCUUUGCUUUGGUAGCUGCAUCACUGGAUGCUGCGCCCCUCAAGGCUACAGCAAGGACUCCUGAGCUGAGCUGUGAGCAGAGCUCUUUUUUGUCUACUUUCAUCCGUUCGUUCUAAAGGUUCUAGCUAAAGCCACGGCAUUGUUAGACGGAACUUCUGAGUCCAAAGCAGGAGAUGCUUUCACCGUGCUGCAGACUCUGGAUAAGGCACAAUUUUUUGUUUAAUUGUAAUUGGUUAAGUCUGUGGGUGCCAGAGAUAGGUGUUUCUAGUUGGUGUGUUGUCCUAAGCUUCCCUCAUUUAAUGGCAGGAGACAACCAGUUUGCAGUGACACGUGACAGUGCUGGCUAGCAGUGACCUGUGGCUCCCCUGCCUUAGAUCAUGGUGCUUCCCAACAAAGGCAGCCAGGGAUCACACACAGCUCAUGAGGCUGAGCCAGAAUGCAUGGCUGAGAGUUCCCCGUGAGCAAGACGUUCCCAUAUUCAGCGAGUAAGAGGCAGCAACUUAUAAACAGAAAGCUUGAGAAAGGAAUCUUAAAAACACUGGUGUGAGGAGUGCUGUUUGAGAGUUGCGCUCACAGUAUUGUCAGUUCUUUGUGAGAGCUGGGGCGUGGCUUCAGAAGGGAGAGGAGCCCUACACUAAGCAACAUUAUCUACAGAUCCGUGUUCCCUGCUCGCAGAGAAAGCUGUCUUUACAAGUCCCAGUAGUUUAUGCACACGCUCGCGCGUGCACACACAUGUACACACACACACACACACCACCAUUAUCACCUCCUCACUCCCAAAGGACAAGGCUGCCCUUGAGGUCUGUUCUGCAUGGUCAGAUGUUUUAGGUUGGAAGGAAAACUUGUGUUGAGAAAGCUUUUAAGAAUGUGACAGGCCUGAGGCUCUUGCCGGGUAGGGGUCUAGUGUGCUUUCCUUUACUGGAAUAAUACACUCUGACCAAAGCAGCUUAGGAGGAAAAGGUUUGUCAGCUCACACUACGAUCAUUGAGGAAACUCAUGGCAGGAACUUGAAUAUUGACAGUCCAGACAGUUGGCCAGACAUGCCCACAGGCCACUCCCUCAAUUGAGACUCCCUCUGACUCUAGGCUGUGUCAGAACUAGCUAGACAGUAGGGCAGGGUUUUGCUCCUGAAUCAUCUGUUUUAUUCUUAAAGUUUGGCUUUCUCUAACAUGACAGACAUUUCUGGCAAAAGCCUCUGAUCUUAAGGCUCUGACACGAAGGAUGUACCUUUGACCCUUUCCUGGAAAGAGGAAAGAAAAUAUGGACUCGCCAGUAAAUGUUUGUGAUCAAGAUUACAAAACAGGUAUCUAGUUAUAAACACUGUAUCAGUCUUGGCAUACAAAAGCACUUUGUAUUAAAACUUUAUUAUAAGUAUAGAUGUAGGGUUGUUUUUUUUUUAAAACCUAGAAACUAGGUAUUACCUCCUAGUGGUUUGCUACAUUCAGAUGGUCUCGCAGUGUCUGCCAGUCAGCAGCCCCCUUGUUCCUGAGAAGUGAGUAGAGAUGUACAGUCACACUCAUGCGCCUCCCACUCGUCACACGACAGGCCAGUGGGUUUAGGGGUGACUCUGGGCUGGGUGAGGGCGAAGUGGUUUUGGCUUCUUAAUAUUUCUACACUGAGGCACUUAAGCCGUUCUGUUGUCAGAAGCAACCCUCAUGUUCACGCCUUCUGCCUGUUGAACAGAUCCCCUUGCAGUCUAUUCAUACAAGAGCUGAGACCCUUGCAGGGAAGAGUUUGGGGGUAAAAGAAACACCAUAGGGACACCUGGUCCUCAGGCUGUACUGAGUCAGUACAUUGUCAUGCUGCUGGCAAAGCUUGUGUCCGGUUGGAAUGUGGCAGACCCUGUGAGGAGGGGGCAUGUCCGUGGUCCAGAAGGUGAAGAUGAAGCUUCUGACCUGCCUUUCCCAUUAGAGAGCCUUUCUGGCAGCCUGCCCUGUUACAGUACUAGUCUCUCCCUCUCCACUGCCUUAGGAAAUCCUCACCCUUCCAAAAGAGCUUGACUAGUGGUGGGCAGCACUGUCCAGUGUUUCAGGGAUUCCAACAGUGGCCCUCCAGCAAGUGUAUGUCUCCACUCUGAUCCUUGGCUGGGUUUCUCCAGUCCUCAUACAAAGGGCUUCAAGGCCCUGCUGGUCGCAUUUCAUAAUCUGCAGGCACCAUGCCUUCAGUCCUGGAGACACAUGUCACAGGAGCUCCUCUUGUGUUGUGGUUUGCCCUUGUGCUCUCCUGAGCCCUGGCCCAUGACCUGGGAUUUCUGUUCUCACCCCCUCCGCCCACAUUCUUCGAGCCUGCCCUAAAGGCUGCCCUCCAUUGCAGGACAGGUUUCCUGAACUCCUCUGACCCUGGGCAGGCUUUUAGCUGUUGGGAAAGCCGCUUGCUACAGUGGGUGGCAUACCCUGAGAAGUUGAAGAACAUUCUUGGAAAGGUGUAUGGGGGCCGAGUCCCCAGGCCGGGGUGGAGCUUUGCCUCACCCACAGAUGUGGUUGCUCCCUAAAUUCUCAGAUACUUUGGGAAUGCUGAGGACCUCGGGCCAGGCUACCCUUGGGUUCCUGGGAUCUAGACUGCUUUGACUGGUAAACUAACUUUAUCCAGUGAAUCCUGGGUUGCUUUGGGUUUUGUUUUCUUUUUUUUCUCUCUCUUUACAUCGCUAUUUACAUAUUUAAAGGUACUAGUUUGCACACCUACUGAUAGUGCCCCGUGGGAAGAUGCUGGAACACCGUUUGCAAAUGUGAUUUUUUUUUCUUUUCUUUUUAAAUGUUGCUUGAAGCCUGUGUCACGUCAGUUGCUGCUGCCUCCUUUCUUUUUAUGAGGUUCCCGAUGUUUCUUCCAGAAAAUUAUUUUAUUUAUGCAAGUCAGGUACCGCUUAGGCCACAGACCCAUGGGAUGAUAAGCAGGUUGUCAUUAGGUGCAUAUCAUGGAUACUUGUGAACCACCUGUGUUUUAGAAGUUAAAUAGUUCUUUCUAGAAUUGCUGUCUUCAGUGUACAGCGUGGUUUUAAUUGAAUGUUACUGUUUAAUAUUUUCUUCUUAUAGAAGAGACCAUGUCCUUUUGUAUGACAAGUUUUAAUAAAUGUUACCUGUUCAUUUUG